AUGGGAAGCCAUAUGAUCAGGCAGCAGCAGAUGAAAUACCCCUGUUCAUUCGUCUUUUCCGGUAUUAUGCUGGCAGAUGAAAUACCCAUGUUCACAAUUCAGGCUGACGGUCCGCAUCAUGUCCAGACCCUGCAUGAACCCAUUGGUGUUGCAGGGCAAAUUAUACCAUGGAACUUCCCUCUUCUGAUGUAUGGUUGGAAGGUUGGGCCUGCAUUGGCUUGUGGUAACACUGUAGUACUUAAAACUGCUGAACAUACACCAUUAUCUGCCCUCUAUGUUUCAAAGCUUUUCCUUGAGGCAGGACUUCCUCCUGGUGUGCUAAAUAUUGUAUCUGGUUAUGGUCCCAGUGCUGGUGCUGCUCUUGCUAGCCAUAUGGAUGUGGAUAAGCUUGCUUUCACUGGGUCCACUGAGACUGGUAAAAUUGUACUUGGAUUAGCUGCACAAAGCAAUCUUAAACCAGUGACUUUAGAACUUGGUGGCAAAUCUCCUUUCAUUGUGUGUGAGGAUGCCAAUGUUGAUGAAGCUGUUGAUCUAGCACAUCUUGCUCUCUUCUACAAUCAGGGCCAAUGUUGUUGUGCUGGAUCACGUACAUGCGUACAUGAACGCGUUUAUGAUGAAUUUGUAGAGAAAGCAAAGGCUCGUGCUUUACACCGUGUGGUUGGUGAUCCUUUUAAGAAGGGUGUUGAACAAGGUCCUCAGGUUGAUUCUGAGCAGUUUGAGAAGAUCUUGAAGUUCAUAAGAUCUGGUGUUGACAGUGGUGCUACACUUGAAAUGGGAGGUGAAAGAUUUGGGUCAAAUGGAUAUUAUAUUCAGCCCACUGUUUUCUCAAACGUCCAGGAUGACAUGCUAAUAGAAAAAGAGGAGAUCUUUGGACCAGUACAGUCAAUUCUCAAAUUCAAGGACGUCAAUGAGGUGAUCCGGAGAUCGAAUGCAUCUCCAUAUGGACUAGCUGCUGGUGUUUUUACUCAAAAUCUCGACACUGCUAACACCUUAACCCGUGCAUUGGACUGGACUCGAGGUACUGAGAUAGGCGGAUGA